UUGCAGGAUCGCACCGUCUAAAUGCCACGUGGAGCUCCAAAAGGGGCUCAUGGCACAUUUUAUCUGACGCCACCUCAUCAGCUUCAGCCCGCCGGCUCUCUCUAGUCCUCGCUACCGUAACCUUGUUUUAUACUCCUUCACUAGUCAUAACCGAAACCAUGCCCGUCACUGUACUUUCUGUAUCCUAUGCGCGCGUUAGCCCUCCCCCCCUUCCCAUGUCUAUCCUGCGCCGCCUCCCCUUCCACCCGUUGAACCUCCGCCAUCACCUCCCUAGCCGUCGAUUCGCCACUCUCGCCGCAGUUCAGCAAGACACCACAGUCUGGACCCCAACCACAAUCUCAUCAAUCGAGACCGCCGCCGAGUCCCUCUUCCACGUUAGCAUCGACGUGUCGAACUUUCCGGACCUCGCGGCUUCACAUACAGUACCGGGACAGUACCUGCAGCUGCGGCUCCCUGACGUGGAGAAACCGUCGUUCUUGGCCAUAGCAUCUCCGCCGUCAUUGGCGACAGCUAGUGGAGCUUUCGAGUUUUUGGUAAAGAGCGUGGCGGGGUCGCCGGCGGAGCUUUUGUGUGGGUUGAAGAAAGGGGAUGUGGUGGAGCUUAGUCAAGUGAUGGGGAACGGCUUCAAUAUUGAUAAGAUCGAUCCGCCUGAGGAUUAUCCGACGGUUUUGAUUUUCGCUACUGGAUCGGGAAUCAGUCCAAUUCGAUCUCUCAUUGAAUCAGGAUUUGGUGCUGAUAGGAGAUCUGAUGUGAGGCUUUAUUAUGGGGCUAGAAACCUUAGAAGAAUAGCUUAUCAGGAUAGGUUUAAGGAGUGGGAAUCUUCUGGUGUUAAGGUUGUGCCAGUAUUGUCACAGCCAGAUGACAGUUGGACUGGGGAAAGUGGCUAUGUACAGGCUGCCUUUGCUAGGGCCAAGCAAAUUAAUAGCCCUAAGGGCACGGGUGCAGUGCUUUGUGGACAAAGACAAAUGACUGAGGUACUACAUUAGAAAAAAUGCAAUAGUUCAAGGACCAUAUAGGACAUUAUCCCUACUGGAACCCUGAACUGCUCAAGGAAAGCAUGUUGAAACCUAUUAGUCCAUUGUUAAAUGCUGCAUGACAUGUGAUGUAGGACAAGAAGGGAGAAGAGAUAGGAGUAAAGAAAUCUAGAGGGAAAUUCUGAAAUUGAACAGAGGAAACUGUGGGAGAAACAAAAUAACUAACACUUGCGAGGAAAGGGAAAAAUGGUGAGGAAAAAACAAAGGAAAGAGAGGAAAAAAUUAAUUUUCUUUCGUUGUAUUCAGUAUAAAUGAUGGAAAAGAAAGAGGUUAAGGCCAAAGUUGUAAAUAACAUUGUUAAUUCAAGUUGAAUAAGUGUUUUCCUCCCACAUUUGGAAGGAUUAGAUUUGGUGGGCAAUUUAGCCAUUUUCCUUCCUCUUAUUGCCCUUCUACCAAACAAAGGAAAGGGUGGAAAGAAAGUAGUUUUUCUUUCCAUUCGCUUUCCUUCCUUCCUCUUUCCCUUCUACCAAACACAACGUAUGGGAGAAACUAGACAAAAGCAAUAGGGAGAAAAUCUUUAUGCUCAAUAUCACAAUAACUCAAAUAUUCAUCAUCUAAAACAUAAUUGAAACUGAAGUAACAUUAAUAUUUAUAAUUAAACUUAAAACCCUAAUAAAAUGAAAAAUACUAACCUUGAUUAAAAAUAACCUAAUAAAAUAAAUGGCCUAAAUAAUUCUUCAUCAUUCCCUUUCAACUAAAAGAACUAAACUUCGGAGAGUUAGAAUACAAACACUUAUUUUUUAGGAACUUCGUAGAGAGCCAAAAAAAAACCUUUCCAAUGAACAAGGUAAUAAUGGUGGUUGUCUAGAUGGGAAGCAACCAGUGGACCGCUAAGAAUCAUUGCCUUCAGUAAAAUGCCAGUAGAAAUACUAGUAGGCCAAAAAAUUGGCUCAAAUGCAUCCCAAUGAGGUAAUCCACUUUCCACAUGAAAAACAUGACUAAUUGUUCGGGGUGUAAACGAACUAAACAUGAAUGAACAUUGCUAUGUUCGUGGUUUGUUUA